CCCUUGCUUUGCCUGCCAACAAGAACCUCAUAAAGAACAUAACAUGCCGAGCUUUAAUUAACUUUAGAACCGGCCCUUUUACAGUCUCGGCUGAUUCUGACGACGACCCAAUCCCCAACUCCUGUUUCUUGCCAUUCUCGGUAACCCUCCAAAGUCAUACACCUACAAGAAGACUAGCAGUAUAAAAAUACUGUCCUCCCCCAUCUUCCUCGCGCGGCAACAGCAACAACAGCAGCAGCAGAAGCCAGAUCUCGAAGGCAGGAGGCCGAGACAAGAACACCGCCCGCCAAUGGACAUGGAGCUCGACGCCGAUGCGGCUCGCCACGGGUUCGGCAAGAUGGGGUUCGGGUGCGAGCACUACAGGAGGCGGUGCAGGAUCCGGUCGCCCUGCUGCAACGACGUCUUCCACUGCCGCCAUUGCCACAACGAGUCCACGAAAGACGGGCACGAGCUUGACCGGCGUGCAGUUGAAUCGGUUAUCUGUCUCGUCUGUGACACCGAGCAGCCGGUGGCGCAAUUGUGCAACAACUGCGGCGUCUGCAUGGGGGAGUACUUCUGCAGUGCGUGCAAAUUCUUCGACGACAAUGUUGAUAAGGAGCAUUACCACUGCAAGGACUGCGGCAUCUGCAGAGUUGGAGGGAAGGAGAACUUCUUCCACUGCCAGAAGUGCGGAUCGUGCUACUCGGUUACUCUCCGCGACAAGCAUCGGUGCAUCGAGAACUCGAUGAAGAACAACUGCCCGAUCUGCUACGAGUACAUGUUCGAUUCUCUGAGGGAGACGUCGGUGCUGAGGUGUGGGCACACGAUGCACUUGCAGUGCUUCCACGAGAUGCUCAAGCACGACAAGUUCACUUGCCCCAUGUGUUCGAUGUCUAUCUUUGACAUGGAAAAGUUCUUGAGGGCCUUGGAUGCAGAGAUUGAAGCCAGUUUCUCGCACAUGGGAAAGGGGUGGAUCGUGUGCAACGACUGCAGGGACACGACCCGAGUGUACCCGGGAGGAGGCAUGGCGGCGGCAGGGCAGAGGAAGUGCUGCCACUGCCAGUCCUACAACACCCGCAGGGUCGCUCCCCCUGUGCUCCCGGCAUAGCGUUUUACCACAUCUGCACCGCAGAUUGACUGCGUCGCCUCGCCUCGGUACUGUCGGCGAAGAUUAUGAGUAGUUGCCAUUGAUCUAUUGAUUCCAGCAACAUGGACUGCAUAAAAGACUAUGUUAUAUACGGUGCCGUUUUAUGUAUGUACGGUAGCAAUUGAGACAAUUCCGUUGACCCCGCGAUGUUCUUUGAUUCUCCUGAUCAUUAUUGAUACGUGAUUCAUACUGCGGUA